AUGGCAACACCAGACGUGAAAGAGGAGAAGGAUGCGCUCGACGCGCUCGAGCUCGAGGCAAAGGAGUUUGACAAGGAUGCCGAGAUCGACAGAAUCCUCAAGGCCUUCAGGCUAGACGCCUACGCCGUCCUCGACCUCCAGCCCGGCGUGCCCGAGUCGGACAUCAAGGCCACCUACCGCAAGAAGUCGCUCCUGAUCCACCCGGACAAGACCAAGAACCCGCUGGCGCCCGACGCCUUCGACCGGCUCAAGAAGGCCCAGACGGAGCUGAUGGACGAGAAGCACCGCGAGCGGCUUGACGAGGCCAUCGCCGACGCCCGCAUGCUGCUGAUCCGCGAGAACAAGUGGACCGUCGACAGCCCCGAGAUCAAGACGGACGAGUUCGCCAAGAAGUGGCGCGACAAGACGCGCGAGGUGCUCAUCGACAACGAGCACCGCCGCCGCCGCCAGCUCAAGGCCCAGAUGCAGGAGGAGGGCCGAGAGCAGAAGAAGGAGGAGGAGGAGCUGGAGCAGCGCAAGCGCAAGCGCCAGCACGAGCAGGACUGGGAGGCCACGCGGGACCAGCGCAUCAGCAGCUGGCGGGAUUUCCAAAAGGGCAAGUCGGGCGAUGGGAAGAAGAAGAAGAAGAUGAAGCCCAUCGGCUAA